AUGCUAAAUUUACCCUUACCCCUUCAAUUUAAGUGCUUAACAUCCCUCCGGGCUAAGGCUCUGAAGUAUUACCGUGCCCGUUUCAAUAACAUAAAUUAUUUUGAUGUGAUGGUAUUGAGCAGAUUUUCUUUGGAUGGAACUCCCGUGAGAGUGUUUAAGAACAACGAGAAUGUGGGUGUGGCGUAUCCAAAGAAUCAAGGCAUGAGAAUAUAUUCGAGUCUGUGGAACACAGACGAUUGGGCAACUAGAGGUGGGCUUGUGAAGAUAGACUGGAGCAAAGCCCUCUUCGUCGCCUCAUACCAGAGUUUUAAUGCACAGGUGUGCAGUACUUCUUCCUCUGACUGCUCUGCAAAUGCAUGGUACAAUCAAGCAGCAUUGGAUUCGGGUGAGCAGCAGCAACUUGAAUGGGUGCGCAAGAACUAUAUGGUAUAUGAUUACUGUUCUGACACCAAAAGUUUUCCACUGGGCCUUCCUACUGAAUGCACCCGUUAG